AUGCCAGGGUACCUAGAAUUACAAAGUCGGAGCUCAGAUAUUCUUAUUUCGGAAAGAGCAAACCUCAAUCCAGUCACGCCUUUACUUAUUUCAAGAAUCGUUGUGGCCCACCUAAAACGAGGUCUCAGAAGUCUUGGUCCCAACUCAAUGACGUUCAAGCUUCUACUAUUCGUGUUGGCCGCAUGCGUUCUCGCCGCCCCUGUCCCACCACUUACUGUUGUCCCAAUAUCCCCCAAAAUUAUUGCCCCUACAAUUGUUGCAUGGACCGACGAGCCCAAAAGUCGCGGAACACUCAGUAUUAUCAGCACAUGUUGCGUUACCCUUGGCCUAUGUGUUUGGACUGCUAUCCACCCGGAUAUCCUGGUGAACGGUAGUAAUAAAAAACGUUUGAAACAAAAGCUUCGUAUGUCCAUUAAGGCACUCAUGAUGCCAGAGGAUAUCCUGACCGCGGCACGGAUCCAGUGGGACCACGCGCGACAGCUUCACCGGGCAUUGGUUGCGGUUGACUAUAUUAUGGAAGAAAACAAAAAGAAAGAGAAAGAGUCGAUGGCGAACGACUCAACUGCACCCAAGCACACGACAGAACAGCAAUCGUCACCUCGCAACUCGAUAGACCCGGAAAAGCCCCAGCGCUCACCAGAUUCAGAGUAUUCAGAAAAACCACCACUACCAGAGGAGGAAAAAACACCACCGGAGAUCACACCAGUAGAGACGGCGCUCCCAAGGACAUCUACACAUGGUUUACUAUCACGAGCAAAAACAAAAAAGGGAGGAAAGAAAGAAAAGGACACCACACAAAACCUCGAAGAGGACUUCGAGAACUUUCUUACGAUGCGGGUGGCUUAUUUCGUUGUCAUGGGCGGUUUUGUGAACAAAUAUGGUAAAACGGUCACAUGCGAAGAGUUCUGGCGGGCCUUUGUGCGGGACCCCGAAGGUGUGAAACGAAAAGUCAGCUUCAAGGAAAUUGUGGAUAAGGGAAAUGCGAGUAUGCUCGCGAAGCUCAUCGUGUCUUUCCAAGCCAUCUGGUUCCUAAUACAACUGAUUGGCCGCCGCAUCGCCCGCGCACCCAUGGCGCUCCUUGAGCUUCAUGUGGCUAUCCAUAUUAUCAGUGCCGCGGGAAUAUAUGUGUUUUGGUGGAACAAAUCCCUGGAUGUGAAUGAACCCAUCGUGCUUGACGUUACCUAUGUCCCAUCCUACAAACCCGAGGAUGAGAACGACCAGAAUGAUUUUGCACCAUGGUGGAUGAUGCCCACUUUAGAUACACACCCCGAUCAGAGUUCUAUAAGGCGUACCAUACGGGGCUGGAUAUUUCCCCCUAACAAGGGAGAGAUUGGUUUUCAGAAUUAUUUACGGGAGAGAGCCUCAGCGCAAAUUAAAGAGAUAAGGGAUUUCAACGUGAAUGCGCCCCCUCAGGGCCGGACGGUAGUUGAAAGAUGUCUUCAUUGCGCAAAUGGCGAGAAGAGCUCGGUACAUUCUAACCUUAAGCCCACCGGGGCGGGGAGUCGAUACGGCGAGAUUCGCAAAGCGGUUCUCGAGGUAAUGCCCUGGUUGGGUCCUGAGGGCACCGUGGGAUCUAAGUUCGUUAAACUCCUAGACCUCAUUGAAAGCAAGAAAAAAAAGAAGCGAAGCAAAAAGGAGGGAAGAAAAGCAGAUGAGGAGAAAGGCGCGGAUAGUAAGGGCGCUCCCAAGGUGACGGAAGAGGAGAAGAAGAGCGAGAAAAAGGAUGAGAAGAACGGGGAGAAGAAGGGGGAGAAGAAAGUGGAGAAGGUGGCAAUGACCAGUCGUGCAAGACGAGAGGUUAACAUGAGAAGCAUCUCUACCUGUCUCUUCUAUCUCUGCUACGCAGGCCUUCAUUCCACGUCCUGGAACGAUUAUUUUCCUUCCGACGUUGAGAAAUGGAUAUGGAGGGGAUCGUGUUUGGUGAUUGGGAUCGUACCAGCCCUACUCUUGCUUUUUUACGUUAUAGUGAUCAUAAUCCAGGAAUAUGAUCAUGACCCGGAGGCAUUACGCAAGAGUCAGGUAGCGAUGGGAAUUAUACUGGGAACGGUUUAUAUUGUGGCCGCUGGGGCUUUGUUGGUCGAGGCCUUUAUUAGUUUGCGCAAGGCUGAUUCGGGGAUUUAUAAAAAGGUACCUGUGUCGGCAUAUCUACCGCAUCUUUAG